UCUUCAGUCCCCUGACAACCUUAUUGGAAUACGGAUCACAGAUCAUAACUAGCAAACAAAUUUUAAUUUUAAUUUAUAGUUUUUCAAGUCUCUUUAAAAAUGUCAAAAAUUUAUCUGAAGGCCAUGGAGGAGGUGGUGCAGCGGAACAACGACAACACGAACCGGAUUACGGAGCAGGCCCAGGGAUUCGUGGUGUCGGAGAAUGCUACCGAUAGUCUGCUGCACACAUCCUUCGAUCUGACCACCGCCCAGUCGAUUGUGAAGCACCUGCACGCCAGUUUCCUGAAAUUGGCCCAGAGUUGCGUCCGUGAUUUGGAUCCCGAUGAUAAGCUGUGCUUCCUGCGUGUGAAAACCCGCAAACAUGAAUUUUUAGUUAGUCCGGAGGAGGCUUUCACCGUGACCGUGGUGUUAUAACCCCCUCGUCAAGUGAAGGGUUAAUACACAGGGUGAACAGUGUGUACACACAGGAAAGGAUGAAAAUGGACCAAAACACUUGCUUACACCCACAUGCUACUGCUGUCUCGCUCGCUCAUUGAUGGUGUUGCUGUUGCAAAUCGCCGGUAUUCUUUAACCCACCGAAAACAAAAAACUAAACGAGCCAUAAAAUUAUGAACAUAACAUUUAUGCGUGUGACCGGCCAAACUAAAUUAUGUUUAUUAUGUAAUUAAGAUGUUGGCACAGAGAUGCCGAUGUCGGCCAUUAAAAAUAACCACGAAGCGGGCAAAAAUCCGCAAAAAGCGGAAAA